AUGCUGGCGCUCUUUCCGAGACAUUUUAUACCCAAGUCAAGUGAAGGCAACCGAACGCUAAGUUUACAAAAUCUGCAAAAAAAGGCGAAUCAAGUCCAUUUUUUUCCGAUGGACCGUGGCGCCAAACGUCCUAGAUAUAGUCCGGAAAUUGAGGAAACUCGUGCUAACAAUGAGAAUUCCAAAAAGGAUGAUUCAAAAAAUGCAGAUAAGCCUACAAACAUAUUUGGUAGAACUGGUGGUGCAUAUAUUCCUCCUGCUCGGCUUCGCCAAAUGCAAGCUCAAAUCACCGAUAAAUCGUCUGAAGCUUAUCAGCGAAUUGCAUGGGAAGCACUGAAAAAGUCUAUUCAUGGUUUCAUCAAUAAAGUGAAUGUCUCCAACUUAUCGGAAGUUGUUAAACAACUCCUUAUGGAAAAUAUUGUCAGAGGUAGAGGUUUAUUUGCCAAGUCUCUUUUGACUGCACAGUCUGCAUCACCCACCUUCACCCAUGUUUUCUCUGCCCUUGUUGCUGUUGUAAACUCAAAGUUCCCCAAGGUUGGUGAAUUGGUUCUUAAAAGAUUAAUCAAUGAGUUUCGUAAAGCAUUUCGACGUAAUCAAAAAGAUCGUUGUUUAUCAACUGCACGUUUCUUAGCUCAUCUAGUUAAUCAAAAAGUUGUUCAUGAAUUAAUAAUCUUGGAAUUGCUCACCUUGUUACUUGAACAAACCACUGAUGACAGUGUAGAAGUGGCAGUAUCUGUACUGAAAGAAUGUGGUGCUAUGCUUUCACGUCUUGUACCAAAAGGUGUACACGGGAUAUUUGAACAUCUUCGACGUAUCUUAAACGAAGGUCAAUGUGAUAAACGUAUUUCUUAUAUGUUAGAAGUUAUGUUCCAGAUCCGUCGAGAUGGAUGGAAAGAUCAUCCUAUUGUCUUACCUGAACUUGAUCUAAUUCAAGAAAGUGAUCAAAUCACUCAUACAACUUCACUUCUUGAUCAAGUUGAUCCAGAGGAGUAUUUGAAUGUGUUCAAAUUUGAUCCAGAAUUCUUAGCCAAUGAAACAAAAUAUGCUGAAAUUAAGGCGGCUCUAUUCGAAUCGAAUGAAAACUCUGAAGGUGAAUCAGAUGAUGAUGAUGAAAAUGAUGAUUCAGGAGGAUCAGAUGAUGAUGAUGAUGAUGGAGAUGAAGAACAUCAGCAUGGAGUUGCUGCAACAGCAGAGAAUCAACAAACAAUAAUUGAUCAAACUGAAACAAACCUAGUUCAUCUACGUCGUACUAUCUAUCUUAUGUUACAAAGCAGUCUAAGUGCAGAUGAAGCUGGGCAUCGUUUAUUACAAUUAAAAAUUAAACCGGGAGAGGAAUAUGAAGUGGCAUCUAUGGUGUUGGAUUGUUGUGCUCAAACUCGUAGUUAUGAAAGCAGAUAUGGUCGAUUAGCUCAGAGGCUUUGUCGAGUUGUUUUUGCAUCGAGUGCACCGUCUAAUACUGGGAGUACUAGCGUUUCUGUCAGCUCUGAUUUAGGUCCUGGCAGUAGAUAUAGAAGUGGUAAAGAAGUUACUAAACCUACUACUAAAGAAGAAGUUUCAACACCUGUUGUAGAAGAAUCAGGUCCACCUCGUAGUUAUGUUGCUCAAUUUGAAAAAAUUUUCGCUGAACAAUAUGCAAUUAUUCAUAGAUUAGAGACUGCAAAAUUACGUAAUGUUGCAUUCUUAUUUGCUCAUCUAUUAUACUCAGAUUCUAUAUCAUGGGGUGUAUUUGAAUGUGUUCGCUUAAAUGAACGUGAUACUACUUCCUCUGGACGGAUAUUUUUAAAGCAUCUUUUCCUUGAACUCUGCUCUUUCAUGGGUUUAUCAAAAUUGCAGGCAAGACUUCGAGAUGAAACAUUACAAUCAUUUUUUACUGGUCUCUUACCUCGUGAUAAUCCUAAAGAUACACGAUUUGCAAUCAAUUUCUUAACAACAAUUGGUUUAGGUGGGUUAACAUUAGAUCUUCGUGAACAUUUACAAGCAUCACGUGAUACAGCAUUAGCAAAAAAAGACUCUGAAUUGAAUAAUAAAUUAUCAUCAUCUGUAUUGGGAGAUUUAUCCAUUUCUUCAUCGUCUUCUUCUGAUUCAUCCUCUGAUAAUGAAUUGAAAUCGAGUGAUUCAGAUGAGCAUGAGAAACACCGUAAGAAGAAGGAGAAGAGGAAGAAGAAGGAGAGUGGUCAUUCUAAAAGUAGUCAGCAUAAAUCAUCUAAAACGUUUCAUCAUAAUCAUCAAGAUAAUAAAUCACACAAACAUGCUUCAUUAAAACAUUCUAAAGUGUUAUCGGAUAAGACUGUUAAAGUUUCUGAUUCCAGGCAUUAUUCACAGAAAGAUGAUAAAAAGUCACGUUUAAAACGCGUCCUGUUGAUACUCCAUUCUUUAAUGAAACACCUAAUUCACCUGCUUCUUCACAUCAUAUAA